AUGUGCAUCCUAAUGGCCACUACAAGUCAUCCUGAUUAUGAUUUGAUUCUCAUAUCGAAUAGAGAUGAGUUCUUCGCAAGAGAAACUGGAUGUACUCGUUGGGUCGACAAUGAUUUUGUGCUCUGUCCAACGGAUGACGCAUUAGUGAAUCACGACGGCUAUACAUGUGGUACCUGGUUUGGCAUCAAUAGGGAUGGGAAGCUUGCGACAGUUCUCAAUUUAAAAUUACUCGAUCAACCGGCAGUAGUAGUAGGACAGCACUCCCUAAAAUCAAGAGGCAUUUUACCGAUUUCAUAUUUAUCCAAGAGACAAUCUUCAUUCAGCAAUUGGGAUAAUUUUGCGAAGUUCAAUAAUCAGUAUCCGCAUUUGGCAGAUACAGGCUCAUUCAAUUUGUUCUAUGGAGAUUGUAUCACGGGCGACUACAGGAUUAUAGAUUCGUUGGGCAACACUUUCGGAGUUUUGAACAGGGAUACAAAAGACGACUUUAUGGUACUUUCGAAUGAUGUAUACCAAAACGGUGAAUCCCAAAAUACAUGGGGUAAAGUGAAGCUAGGGAAGGAUGGGUUACGCGAACUGGUAAGCGCUUCAAGGAAUGAAAGCGAGAGAUCGUUAAUUGCAAAUUGCUUUGCUUUAGCCUCUCGUUGUUCCGUUGAUACGAAACAAAGAAAUGGUAGUGAAAUUACGUACUCCAUUGAUACUACCAUGAACACUAUCUUUACACCGCCAUUGAAAGUUCCUUCAUCGGACGAUUUAGGGUGCUCAAUGCCAUAUGGGGACUAUUAUGGAACGCGAUCCCAAAUAGUUUUACUCAUUCGGAGAGGUCUUAAUCACGUCAAAUGUAUCGAACGUACAUUACAUUCGUCAGACAGCGAUUGCAAUACAUAUGGUGCAAGUAAUCCUAAGGCUACACAAGAAUUUGACUUCACGUUGUAA